AUCAACGAGGUCGCCCGAUUCUCGUUUAAGCUGCAUGGGUACGAAGAGUCUGCCUAUGCAUAUGUAAUGGAUUUGUCCUCUGGCGAGGACGUCUACCUAGGAAGGGGGUGGAUGGAUCACCGCGAUGUGACGAUAGCCCCCGCGAAGAAGAGCAUCUUUAUCCACUCGAAA